AUGAACUUCUUUGUCCACAGCCUGAUGUACACCUACUACGCCGUGAAGGUGGCCAACUUCCACGUGCCUCGAGCCAUCAGCCUCACCAUCACCACCCUGCAGAUUGCCCAGAUGUUUGUCGGCCUCUUUGUCAACUACAAAGCGUUGCAGCUCAAACUGCUGGGCCUGCCCUGCGACGCCUCCCUCUCCGUGGUCACCAUCGGCUUCACCCUCUACGGCCUCUUUGCCGUCCUCUUCAUCAACUUCUUCAUCUACACCUACGUCAUCCGCCGCUCGGGCAAGUUCGGCAAGGCGGUCGUCAAGCAGUUGAACAUGAGCGUUCCUGAUAUGACCGGUGGCAGUAAGAAUGGAAUUGCCGUCGUGCAGAAUGGCAACGCUGGCAGCAUUCAGUACAUUGCCAAGAAGGUGCAGUGA